CCUAGCUAGGUCAGUGCAUGUCACCUUCGUGUCCCCAGUUAUUGGAUCUUUUGACCCGGACAGUUACUUCUUACCUUCAUGUCUGCACUCGCUAGGGCCCCCGUUGGCCGGGCUCUGCUCUCUCCUUUUGGGGACAGGAAGGAUCCGUUGGGUCCUAGCCCGGGCCGUGGGGUAGCGGUGCCUCCAGGGGUCCGGCGCAGAGUACACCGGGCGCACCGACCGCCACCUGAUGUCAGAUACAUUUUCCAGCCGCAGGCAGCUGGGGACGGACACCGUUUUCAGGCCGAGGCCGCUCUGACUGCCUGGUGCGACCUGUGCUGUGGCUUCAUCUUCUCCGGAGCUACACGCUGUGCAGACUGUAAAUACACAUGUCAUGCCCACUGCAAAGAGCAGGUGCACCUGAACUGCGAACCAAAUGGAAAAUUAAUGGAAUGUGUCCCUGCGUAUGAAACAUUGGACCACUCCAAUAACAACAAUGAUAAGAUAAGGGAAAGGGUUAUUAACGGAGGGUACAAACAGAAGGUCCUGGAUAUACAGAUACAACAGAUCCAGGAUGUGACUCAAGAGACUUUUUUUUUUGGCCAUAAGGAGAAGUAA